CGGAGAGGAAUGCCUCCCAAAGGGGGUGGGGAGAUACUCUUUGCUUGCCCAGUGAGAAAGGUCUUGCAGCCUAUUCAGUUCACAGACCCUGGCAAAAUCAAACGCAUCAGAGGAACUGCAUACUCUGUCAGAGUGUCACCACAGAUGGCAAACAGAAUGGUGGAAUCUGCAAGGAGCAUCCUGAAUAAAUUCCUCCCAGACGUUUAUAUCUACACAGAUCAUAUGAAGGGGGUCAGCUCUGGAAAAUCACCCGGUUUUGGCAUGUGCCUUACUGCAGAAACCAUCAAUGGCACUAUUCUCAGUGCUGAGCUAGCCUCAAAUCCUCAGGGCCAAGGAGCAGCUGUGCUUCCCGAGGAACUUGGCCAGAACUGUGCUAAGCUGUUGCUUGAGGAAGUCUACAGGGGAGGCUGUGUAGAUUCAACAAAUCAGAGCCUUGCUCUGCUCCUCAUGACCCUUGGACAACGGGAUGUUUCCAAAGUCCUGUUAGGACCUCUGUCUCCAUACACGUAA